AUGAUAACCCAACUAGUAUCACGCGGGUGCCGACGCCAUCUCUUCCCCCGACACCGGAAUUUCAGCAGGAAUGUCUUCACAAAAGACCAAAUCAAGACAGCCGAACUGCAGAAGACUCCCCAUACCCCGAACCAAGUAGUGACAGAAGUCCCACACUCAAUCGAAGCUUCGAUCAUCGACGUCCCCAGUCCGCUCUGGUAUCACCGUCUCGGCCCUGUCAAGGACUUUUUCUCCUGGUUCAGUCGGAUGCAGAGACGGAGGCCUCUGGGGAUCGCCCUGACAACCUCUGUGAGCACAUAUCUUUGUGGCGACCUGCUCGCGCAAGAGGUCGGUGGAGAACCGUAUGAUGGGCUGCGGACGCUGAGGAUGAUCACGGUGGGCAGUCUGGCGGCUAUACCAGGCUACAAAUGGUUCCUCUUCCUGGGCACCCACUUCAACUAUGCCUCAAGAUGGGCGUCGAUUACGGUCAAAGUUGCCAUCCAACAAUUCCUCUUUGCGCCCGCCUUUAACACAUAUUUCUUCGGCAUGCAGGCUCUGUUGUCGGGCGAAGCUCCCUCGGUCGUUAUUCACCGAAUUGUCGCAGCCGUGCCAGAAAGCGUGGUGAGCUCAGCGAAGUUCUGGCCUGCCGUCACCGCAGUGAACUUCACCGUUAUCCCCGCCCAUCUGCGAUUUGCCUUCUCUGGGUUCUUUGCCGUGAUCUGGCAGACAUACCUGUCAUUCCUCAAUCGACGCGAGGAAAAGACUGGACCCCAGGGCACACUGGCUGACCAAGCUCGCCAAAAGUUGUAUGAAGACGCCCCGUCGGCCUCGGUCGCUGACGUCUUGGAUGGCGCUGACUGA